AUGUCAAGAGAAUCAUCGAUCACUGUCGCCGUCAGAAUACGACCAUUGAAUGAAUUUGAAAAUAGUAGUUUCAGUUACAGACGAUGCAAGUCCAGAGGGAAGGCACAACAACGACGUUUCAAGUUAAACCAAUCUUUUGGCCAUGUAGCUAAUAAUGGUAGGCGUGUGUCAAGCAGAAUGGACCACAAUAGAAGAAAUAAAAUACUUGAAACAGUGGAUGAUCGGAUGUUGAUAUUUGAUCCUAAUAGUUCACGUUCCUUAUCUGAGUUGGAGAUGAACUCCUUCCCUGGCUCAAAAAGUUCUGCGGUUAGCCGAAUCGGAUGUCAUAACAGGAGAAAUAGAGAGCAUCGUUUUGUCUUUGAUAGAUUGUUUGAUGAGGAUUCUUCGCAAUCGGAAGUAUAUAGCUAUACGGGUAAGCCAUUAUUAGAUAGUGUGCUUGAAGGCUAUAACGCCACGAUAUUUGCUUAUGGUGCCACAGGAUGCGGUAAAACUUUUACUAUUACAGGCACACCAGAAAAUCCCGGUAUCAUCUUUUUGGCAAUGUCAGAUUUGUUCCGGCGUAUUCAAAUUCUUAGUGCUGAUAGAUCUAUCAAGUUAACAUUAACUUACCUUGAAAUAUAUAACGAGAAAAUUCGGGAUUUGUUGAAUCCUAACACUGAUCCUAACUCCUUACAAUUGUUGGAAGACAAGCACAAAAGAGUAUUAGUAUUAAAUCUUUCUCAGCAUCACCCAAAAGCUGUACAAGAGGUUUUAGAGUUGAUAAAAAAAGGCAAUAGAUAUCGCACAGUAUCACCUACUGCUGCGAACGCAGUUUCUUCUAGGUCGCAUGCUGUUCUUCAAAUAACAUUAGAGCAGACUCCCAAGGGAAACGCCGCUAUUGAUGGAAAACAAAUUGUUUCAACGCUUUCAUUCAUUGAUCUUGCCGGUAGUGAGCGUGCUUCUGCUACCAGAAAUAGAGGAGUACGCUUGCACGAGGGUGCAAACAUUAACAAAUCAUUGCUAGCAUUGGGUAAUUGCAUUAAAGUUCUUUCCAAACCAAGCUCUAAGACGCGUAUCUAUGUUCCGUACAGGGACAGUAAACUCACACGAUUACUCAAGUUUUCCCUCGGAGGAAACUGUAAGACGGUAAUGGUUGUCUGUGUGUCACCUUCAGUCUCGCACUAUGACGAAACAUUGAAUGCAUUAAAAUAUGCUGAUCGCGCUAAAUCAAUUCGCACAAAGAUCCUGAGAAACACUCGUGAUGUCAAUCAACAUAUCAGUUCGUACCUAAACAUAAUCAAAGAUCAGAAAAAGGAGAUUCAGCUUCUGAAAGCCAACUCACAAAUGUUAGUUCGCAGAGAAAUGGCAAAAUAUGCCGAUCAAACUGUACGUUGCAGAAAUGAGCUGGAUGAUGCCAUAAAAAGCAUUCAAAAAUCUGUUCAAAAGGCAGAUUUUUCUCAAUCUAGAAGAGCUCAAAUUAUAGCCAAGGUACAAUUUUUAGAAGUCGAACUUAACAGAUUUGAGCACGUCUUAGGUGCCUUUAGGCGUUGCAAAAGCAGUCUCUCUUGUGAUGAAAUAUUUAAAGAUCUUAUCAAAGGUAUAGAGGAACUGUGCCUUUACAUUAGAAGUUUAGUAUCUGGUUUGAAUAAGGAAUUGGAUCAUUCCACGGAACUUAAUCUGAUAUUCCAGGGUACCCCUCAAGUAAUUUUAAGAAAAUUGCAAGAAUUAGAAGGUUGGAAUGAUACUUUUGAUAGUUUGUUUACGACUAGGGUUCAGCUAAUGGAGGAACAAGUUGAAAGAUCUAUCCUUCAAAAAGCAUCAGAAGUGUUGAGCGGUUAUAUGAAGAAUAGUGGAAGUAGAAAUACCUGGACGGAAUGCCUUAUGAACUCCUUGGACGUUCUCUUUCAACUUUGUUAUGCACUAGCAGGAAAAGGUGAUGCACGUUUUGAAGGUGACUUUGCUGAUACAGAAGUUGGAGUGUUGCUGUUAGAUAAGUGUCAUGAAAUAUUAAGAAUUCUUAAGGCAUCUGUGGAUGACAUUAGUGAAAGUGGGUUUGGUUUAUUAGAAGCUGAAGAGAGAAUAAAGGGUCGCACAAAAUAUUCCUUUUCAUCUCCAAAGAAGAAUAAAGUGAAGGACAUGCCCGAAUUAAUGUAUUCGAAGAUAACUCCAACAAAGCGGGCACAGUCAUCAUCAAUGAGGAGUCCGCUUAAUAAGAAAAUUAACGCAGGGAAAGUUUUAUCGAGCGGGUUUGAGAGCAGUUCGACUCAAUGUGAAUUGAAAGACACUAAAUCAGAUCUCGAUGGACUAAUGACAAAUGUUGAUCUUAGUCCAGAUUUUCAUCGCACUAAUAAUGACACAUUUGUAGCACCUUCAAAAAGGCUUACCUCCCGAACGUUGGCCGCAAAUACCCAAAUAGGAAGUCCUGGAAGAAUGACUGGAUUGGGGAUUCCGCCAUAUAUUUCGUCAAGUCCUACGAAAGAGGGUAAAUUUUUUAUGCCAAUAGUUAUGAGUAAGCAGGGAUCUGGACUAGAAAAUACUAGCGGAGAAAUGGAUAUCGAUGAUGGAAGAAAUUAA